CUAUUUUGAAGCGCUGGAAGGAGAAUUGGUUUGACCUGUGGUCAGAUGGUCACCUGACCUAUUAUGAUGACCAAACUCGGCAGAGUGUAGAGGAUAAGGUGCACAUGCCAGUGGACUGCAUCAACAUCCGCAUGGGACAUGAAUGUCAGGAUAUUCAGCCUCCAGAUGGGAAGGCAAGACUGCUGCACGUUGUUUGCCGAGAUGGGAAAACCAUCAGGCUUUGUGCAGAAAGCACAGAUGAUUGUUUGGCCUGGAAAUGUACACUUCAGGAUUCCAGGACAAACACAGCUUAUGUUGGCUCAGAAGUCAUGUAUGAUGAGGCUGCCAGGGCUUCCUCCCCACCUCCUUACACAGCCUAUGCUGCACAGCCUGAUGGCUGUGGUCCAUGCAGUGGUGCAUACCCGCCAGGAUCUCAAGUUUUCUAUGCUGCAAACGGGCAGGCUUGUGCUGUACCCUAUCUGUACCCAUAUGCAGGACUUUAUGGACAGCAGCCUGCCAACCAAGUCAUCAUUCGUGAGCGGUAUUGAGACAAUGACAGUGACCUGGCGCUGGGCAUGCUGGCUGCAGCAGCCAGAGGCUUGGCCUUAGGGUCUCUGUUCUGGGUCUUCUAGAGUCCUUGGAACCUGGAUGUGCAUAGCUUCUGAUACCCUGUGUGCAAUAAUAUACUUUGCAGGGCAUUUCUGUUUGUUAUAAAU